AUGACCAGGGACGGCAUCAUUGCAGUGGGUGUUGCAAUACGCACCAUCUUGGUGAUUUUAGAUCAGACAAAGCUAGCUAAGAAUUUAUCGUUUUCGGGUCAGUUACCUGAUGAACAGACGAGCAGUAACGUGGAAGAGCGUAUGACGAUCAUACAGUUCGAACCCGGCUCAAAUGUAGGGCUCGGGGAAUUUGGGGGUGAAUUUCAGACCCUCGAAAACGGGGUGUCAAUUUGGGUGAAUUUGGGUCUGGUUCAGUUCGGCUGGUUUCGGCUGGAACAGUCAUUGCCAGCAGACAUACCUAUUCCCAAGGAGUCAAAGUAUAAAUUCUCGAACUUCAGCCCAGAUGCUGAAUGGGCUGUGGACAUUGGCGAGGCUGCUGCCGUCAAUCGAGAGCUAGAAGUCAGGUUGGGCAGUCGAGUUGAUGGCCUGAAACUUGUUGAACGAGGCCCAGAGAUGGAGGCCAUAGUCCACGUUUUUGAAACAUGGACAAAGAGAUUUCCGGGUGAUGUUAUCCUGGAGAAAUGGGUUGACGACACUCUCGAAGCUGCGCGAGGCCUCAUUCUUGCCGCGGGAAAAGCUGUGAGUUAA